UACAAUUCUCAAAACACAUGAUGUCACCAGCUACCCUUCAGCUCGGUUCCUGCAUCCCAGAUUUGCAGCAUGAUUCCUUGUCUCCUCCCACCCUCUGCUGCUUGUAUAAAUACCCCCCACACAGCGGGAUCUAACUCCAAGACCAACAGACAUAGAUCACAUAGACUGACAAGUGACAAAUCAAACUCAGCCAAAACCAAAGAAGAAACUAAAGACAAAAAAGAAACCUCACAAAUUAAUGUGUGAAAUAAAGAGACUGAACUACCAAAAAACGGUUUCCUCAGGUCCUCAGAUCCACCAGGACAGAGAAGACAAGGUGAGAAGAAGGACUCCUGAAGGACCUAGGCAGUGAUCCACCCUGAGACCCAAGCAGCCAAUCCAGUGGUCCUCUAGAAUGUGGCUGGAUUUAGCCUUGUGUCUGUCCUGCCUGGUGCUGUCUGCCCAUGGCCAGGACAGAGCACCUCUGCCUCACUCCAGCAACCACACAGGGAAAUGCCUGUACACCUUCAUGGUGGACAACCCUGCCCAGGCCAGCUGCCCCGGAGCAACCGGAGAUCCUGAGAUGGAGGGGGUAAAGUCUCGUCUCACCCUGCUGGAGGCCCUGGUCAACCGGCUGCUGGGGGACAAGGGAGCGGGCGGAGAAGGGGCAAGGCCUGGGGGCGACAAGACCACCCAAGCGGCAUGCUUCCAAGCCAUGGGAGAGAAGAGCCAGCUUCAGGAGGACAAGAAGCAGCUGAACCGGAAGGUGCAGGAGCUCCAGAAAAGGGUGGAUAAGCUGAGUCUGGAGGCUGAGACACUGAAACAGAGACCCUGCCACCAGCCCCAGGCUGCUGGAGUAGGACUCCAACUGCAUGAGUUCAACCAGAGAGCAGCCAGCAACCCCAGCGUUACUGCCUACCAGGAGAUGAAGGCAGAGGUGACGGAGAUCCCAGCUUCCCGUCUCAUCCAAGAAGCUGGGCAAAACAACAAAGGAUGUGGAGAGCUGGUGUCUUUGGGGGAACCUGUCCUGCACCGGAAGGCUGACAGCAUCAACGGGAAGUACGGGGUGUGGCUGCAGGACCCUGAGGCCGUGGGCGGUACGUACAGCAACAGGACGGUGUGGCGCAUCGACACAGUGGGCAACGACGUGCGUCAGCUGUUUGCCUACGAGGACAUGGAGCAGUUCGCCAAGGGCUUCCCCAUGAAGGUGCUGGUGCUGCCGGAGGCCGUGGAAAGUACGGGCGCCACGCUGUACCGCGGCUCCCUCUACUACCAGCGACGACGCAGUCGUACCCUGCUCCGCUAUGACCUGACCUCAGAGAGCGUGGCGGCUCGCCUGGAGCUCCCCCACGCUGGCUUCCACGGCCAGCACCCGUACUCCUGGGGAGGCUACACAGACGUCGACCUGGCAGUGGACGAGCAGGGUCUCUGGGCCAUCUACAGCACCAGCAAGGCCAAGGGCGCCAUAGUGGUGUCUCGGCUGGACCCUGAGAGUAUGGAGGUGAAGAGGAGCUGGGAAACCAAGAUCAGAAAGAACACAGUGGCUAACGCCUUCAUGAUCUGCGGUCGUCUCUACACGGUGGCCAGCUACACCGCUCCAGACACCACCAUCAACCACAUGUUCGAUACGGCCAUCGGCAAAGGCAGAGCCAUGGCCGUGCCCUUUAAGAACCGCUACCGCUACAACAGCAUGGUGGAUUACAACCCUGCUGAGAGGAAGCUCUAUGCCUGGGAUAACUUCCACAUGAUAACCUACGACGUCAGGUUGGGGAGUCCAAGCAGUACCAGCCAAUAGAGAAGUCUGGCCACAGAUGAGGGAUUGGGUUGGUUUUCUACGCUGUUGUUAUAAUAUUAUGAACCAAAAACAUUAGUAACAGCUUUACAAUAAGAUCCUAGCAAUGAUUCUGCAUUGUUCUUCUGGAACAUUUGUUUUCUUCUGACAAUGUAAAUAGAAUAAAUAUUUCAAUAAAACAAGUGGAAGGAGAUUUUUAUGUGAUAGGACUUCUACUGUAAAUGAUAGGGCUUCCUAUAUGAUAGGUAUUUUAUAUGUUAUGGGACUUCUAUAUAAUUUCACAUUCUAUAUGAUAUGACUUACAUAUUAUAGGAUUUUCUA